AUGCUCAAAUGUUCAACGUACCAACGACGGUCUCCGCGCCAACCCUGCUUACCAGGUGCCGAUGACAAAGGUACCACCCUCACAAACCCGUACGUGGCACCACCGGAUACCACCAAACCCUCGCCUGAUAUAACUUCUGCCAUACGCCCCGACGAUGUAUUGAAGGUUAUACUAUUCUAUCCCAGUAUGGAUCCUGGCCCCGACGGGAUCCAAAUCCUCCUCCUGAAGGCCACAGUGGAGCGCUUCGCCAAACGCAGGACACUGUGA